AUGGUUGGCUUCCAGUUUCCCACCUAUUUCAAUUCGGAUUCGCAACACCCGCUCCUCCCUUACAGACUUCUCAUCCAAAAUAGCGACAUGGAGAGUCUUCGACUUUGGAUUCUCCUGUCCCUGAUUGUUGCUUCACUUUUCACAAGGUCUAUAUAUCGUCUCUACUUCCACCCUCUCAGCAAGUUCCCUGGUCCCAAACUUACCGCAGCCACUCAUCUCCAUGAGUUCUAUCACGACGUGGUGCGCAAUGGGAUGUUCCUCUGGGAGAUCCAGAAAAUGCAUGAAAAAUAUGGCCCAAUUGUCCGGAUCAACCCCCGUGAAAUUCAUAUUAAAGACCCGUAUUAUCAUGAGCAGAUUUAUCCUUCGGGUGGCAGAAAAAGAGAGAAGGAUCCAAACUUUGUCCCUUUAUUUGCAGCGCCCCUGUCAAUAAUUUCUACAAUUGACCACGAGCAUCAUCACUUCCGAAGGGGCAUUCUGAGCGGGUUUUUCUCAAAGAAAUCUGUGGUCAGCAUGACUCCACUCAUACAAGAGAAACUGUCAAUUUUGAUGGAGCGUUUUGAGCAGGCCUACCAAGAUUCUGCUGUUGUAGAUCUGACUGCAGCAUUCUGUGCACUGACAGGCGAUAUUGUGACUCACUACACAUAUGGCCAAAGCUCAGACUCUCUGCGCGACAAGGACUUCAAGAAUAACAUCCGUGGUGGCAUCUUGGAAUUAGAAAGUGCCAAUCAUCUCAACAGAUUUGUUCCCUCUCUCAUUCCCUUUAUUCAACUCAUGCCCUCGUGGCUUGUGGCCCGUUUCAAGCCUGCUACUGCUGCCAUACUGGGUGAAGUCACAGAACACUCACAGAAUGCGCUUGAGGAAUCCAGUCAGGAAGACUGUAUCAAUGGAAAACAGACUUUGGAGGGCAUGAUAUUACUAAGUGGUGGGACGGAAUCGCCGGCUAAUGCCUUGUCAGUUGCAGCAUUCCAUCUAUCUAAUGAUAAGUCUAUCGCCACAAAACUCCGGACAGAGCUGAACCCGGUGAUGGGCAUGGAAGCACAUCUUGUACCCUUGGCAAAGCUUGAACAAUUACCAUAUCUGACUGGAGUAGUCAAUGAAGCGCUCCGGCUAUCCUUUGGCCUAAUCUCUCGACCACCGCGGGUUGCACCAGACGAGUCUCUAGUGUACCAGAAAUAUGCCAUCCCACCUGGAACUCCGGUUAGCACAUCAAGUUAUUUCAUGAACAUGGAUCCUACUAUUUUCACCGACCCGGAGCUUUUCAGCCCAGAACGCUGGGUCUUGGCCUCUGAGCGCGGCGAGAACCUUACUCGGUUUAUGUCAGCGUUUGGCAAAGGGAGCAGGGCGUGCAUUGGCCUGAAUUCGGGCUAUGCGGAGCUGUACUUCACCAUAGCUGCUAUGACCCAUCACUUUGAAUUUGAUUUGUACGAAACUACUCAAGAAGACAUUCGUCCUUUCCGUGACAGGGGACUUCCUUUUUCCAAAAACGGCCAUUGGAGAGUAAAAGCGAAAGUGAGCAGAUUGAUCAAGUAA